AUGAUUUUCGCCUUAUUAAUUGCCUUUUCUUUAGCUGCUGACAAAUGCACCAUGCCUUAUUGUGGAACAUGUGAAGACGCCGCAGACAAAUGUAAUACAUGUGUAACGGGAUAUCUUCUCAAUUCUGAAGGGAAGUGUGAAUUUGGGAGAGAUAAAAAUUGCGAAAGUCCUUUCUUAGAUGUGUGUGUAAAGUGUUCUGAUGGCUACAUGUAUGACGUUUUAACCAAAACAUGUAAAAAAGGUGUUGAAUUGUGUUUUUUCCAAUAUGACACUAGUUUACAACUUGUGAAGUGUUCUUCAUGUUACAACAAUUUGACUGUCUUCACUGAGAACAACACAUGCAUUGACUGCAUUGCAAAAAAUCCAAAUUGUUUAAAAACAGACAAAGACGACUGUAGGGAAUGUAGUGUAUGUAGAGAUGGUUAUAAAUUAACAACCGAUAAUAAAUGUGAAGUUGUGCCAAACUGCGCAGUUGUAAAUAGUGAUGGUAGUUGCACAAUGUGCAUUGAUGGGUUUUAUUUGGAAAAUAGUGAAUGCAAAAGAGGAAAUAUUGAUGAGUGUAUGAUUUACAAAAAUUCCGAAGCGUGUAGUAAAUGUAAUUCUGGUAAAACUGUUUUGAACGGCAAGUGUCAGUAUGUACCAUUUUGUUAUUUGUUCAACAAAGAUAAAACAAAAUGUAUCAUAUGUGUAAAUGGAUAUGGAUUAAAUAACACUGAUUGUGUUCCGUGUUUAAACUCGAAUUGCACUUCUUGUAAUGCAGAUUAUACAAAAUGCUCGGGUUGUGUAGAUGGGAUGUAUCCAGAUGAAAACGGCGUUUGUACUUCGUGCAUUGAAAAUUGCAAGUCUUGCAGUGACGCAACAAGUUGUGAUGUCUGUAUGAGUGGAUUUUACAGAACCGCUGAUGGGAAAUGUGAGGUGAACAAUGUUGAAAACUGUGAAGAGGCAGAAACGCAAUCAACAUGCUCAAAAUGCAAAAUCAAAUUCUAUUUGAACACAGACGCCGCAAAAUGCGAGUCUUGCACCGAUAACACUUGUGAAUCGUUUACAACAGAAGAAAGCUGUGGACAAUGUGGUAACUGCAAAUCCAUUCGACUUGGGUCGAGUUUUAAGUGUAUUGUUAAUGACAAUUGUUAUUCUUAUGACAACGACCGAUCAAUCUGUGUUGAAUGUCUUCAAGGAUAUUACUUGACCAAAGAUUAUACCUGCGAAAAGUGUGAUGACAAGUGCAAAAACGGGUGUGUCAAUAAAGGCUCAGAGUGCAGUUUAUAUGAUACAAGAGAUAUUCCAUAUUGUGUUUCGUACGAUGAGAAUCACAAGUGUGUUGUGUGUGGAUAUGGCGAUUUGGAAAAUGGUGUGUGUGAUGUUGAAGACUAUUGCAAAGUGAAGGCAUAUGAUGGGAAGUGUGUAGAGUGCUUCACUGGUGAACAAACGACAGGCGUUCCUUCGUACUACGCGAUCUACAAUGAGUCGUGUUAUAUUCCACCAAAACCAAUUAUACCAGAUGGCAGUAAGGGUGUCGACAGUUUCAUUCUUCUUACUUUGUUCUUGAUGGUUUUGAUCAUUUAA